GCAGUUUAUUUUGAAAAGUUCUUUAAAAUUCUAAAAUUGUGUUAUGCUUUUAUUGAAACAGUUUGUAGCUUAAUUUUGCCAUUUAGUUUUAGUUAAUACGGUGUAUCGCCAUUUUUAGUAGAAACAAAGUUGUGACUUUCCCAAACAUGCGAUACUUGCCAGCAAUACGGUACCUGCAAAGUCGAAACAUCAGCUCCAGCAAAAUCCUUUUCUCAUCAGUUGAAGCGGGUCGUCGUCGAGUUGUCGUUACUGGGCUCGGGGUGGUCUCACCGGUCGGAUGUAAUGUUACCCAAGCCUGGAACAAUAUUCUUGCCGGUGUAUCGGGUAUCAAACGACUGACCGGCGAAUCUUACGAGAAACUACCAUGCCGUGUUGCGGCAAGCAUUGACCCCAGAGAUUUAAACGUUGAGGCACAUUUCGGUAAAACGGAAUUAAAAACAAUGGCAAGAGCGACAGCUUUGGCUAUGAUUGCCUCCAAACAAGCCUUGGAGCAAGCUGGCUGGCUACCGACAGAUGAAUUCGACUGUCGAAGAACGGGCGUUGCCAUAGGCAUGGGAAUGGUCGACUUGAUGGAUGUUUGCGAAACCAACGAUGCACUGAAGAGAGGUUACAAUCGGGUAAGUCCUUUUUUCGUACCUCGAAUUUUACCAAAUAUGCCGGCUGGGCAAAUCAGUAUCAAAUACGGAUUUCGGGGCCCAAACCAUUCGGUUUCGACUGCUUGCGCAACUGGAGCCCACUCGAUAGGGGACGCAUUCAGAAUCAUCCAGCAUGGCGAUGCUGAUGUGAUGGUGUGUGGAGGUGCUGAAGCUUGUAUCAGCCCGUUGGCCAUUGCUGGUUUUUGCAGGCUACGAGCACUCAGCACAUCUUUCAAUGAAGAGCCCCACAAAUCGUCAAGACCGUUCGACAAUGCUAGGGAUGGUUUUGUGAUGGGAGAAGGGUCGGCUGUUUUUGUGCUAGAAGAACUAGAGCAUGCCAAACGAAGGAAUGUUCCUAUAAUAGCGGAAAUCUUGGGGUACGGACUAUCUGGUGAUGCUUCACAUUUAACUGCACCUCGUGAAGAUGGAACCGGGGCCAUACUCGCAAUGAGUAGAGCCCUGGAGAAUGCUAAUAUAUCUCCCAACGAUGUGGGGUACAUAAACGCUCAUGCUACAUCGACGCCCAUUGGCGACGCAAUCGAGGCCAGAGCAGUGCGGACGUUGUUUAUGGAUAACUGGAGUAAACUCGCAGUUUCAUCAACGAAAGGUGCACACGGACAUUUGCUAGGAGCAGCCGGUAAUUUAGAGGCGAUGUUCACUGUACUAGCAUGCAAUCAGGGUAAAAUAGCACCGACUAUUAAUCUGGAAUCGAGCGCAGAGGAAAUGCAGGGCAUGAAUUUUGUGCCUAAUGUACCACAAGACUGGCAAACUGAUAAAACCCAACGACGGAUAGCAUUGAAAAAUUCCUUUGGAUUUGGAGGAACGAAUGCUUCGUUGUGUUUUUCGGAGUAUAAAGAAUAAGGUGUUACUAGCAAUUUCAAAUUAAACAAA